UGAGCGACGCAGCAGUUUAAAAACAGGAAGCGAAGGACUCAGUCGUCCACUCAAUGCGUGUUCUGUGUUAAAACUGGACAUGUUUAUCUUACAUAUGGAUGAACGACGCGGACUUUCACAGGUCAUGUUUUAAAAACGAUAAUUGCAGCAGCCGUAACCUAUUGAAUAAACCACAACCCAGUGGGCAACUACUGUGCUUGCAAGAAGGAUGUAACGUCUUCUUUUAAUGUGUAGAUAGAGAGAGAUAGUAAAUCCUUUCUAAGAAUGAGCUUAGAAGUGUCGUGUUUAUCAUUUCGGCAGCCGUACGCUGCUCUUGUGUUGAAUGGUGUUAAAACAAUAGAGACCCGCUGGAGACCCCUGCUGGCCGAGAUGCGGAACUGCACUCUAGCGGUGCACAUCGCUCAGAGGAACUGGGAGGGGGAAGACUGGAGACAGAUCCUGACAGAUGGACUGGAAAUGACGCCCGUACAAAUUGACGAACUUCUGAAGUCGGGAGAAAGGUUUGGGCGUGGUGUUAUUGCAGGUCUUGUGGAUGUUGGCGAGACGUGGCUCUGUCCUGAGAAUGUGCCAUGUGAAGAGAUGAGAGAGCUGGAGAAAGCUGCCUGCUUGACCGAACUCAAUCAGAAAUACCUAACAAGACUCUCAAACCCACGCUGGCUCAUUGACCCUAUGUUUUCUAGGGGCCGUAAAGACGUGUGGACAGUACAGAUUCCCAUUCAACUGAUGUCCUCUGCUCCUUCUCAUACGUGGUAAACACUGAAUCGUGUGUUUACUUUACAGAAGUGUAUUUUGUAUCUACACAUAACAAUAAAGUUUGGAGUCGACAGAAACA